AUGAUCGCUUGUGUGUGCGCGCAGAAGGGCGACGCGCGGCUGACGUGGUCUUCGGCGAGCGCGCUGAUGCGCGCGGCGGACGGCUGCGAGACGGUGCGCCACAUGGUGCGCGAGCACGGCGGCCUGGAGCUGGUGGUGCGCCUGCUACGCGACGGGUUGGCGGCGGCAGCCGAGGGCAGCCAGAGCUGGGCCGCCGCGCUGCUCGGCGCCUUCUGGAAGAGCGCCGUCGCCGUGGAGAACGUGGACGCCUACCAGGAGCUGGGCGCCAACUCGCUGCUCAUACGGGUUUCCUUACGAGCACUUUACAUCGCUGUUAUCCAACUUGUCACCGGUUUCCCGUUAGCCAAACAACCUAGUAUGCCUGGCUACAGGCUGGGAAUGGAGAUAAUUGAAGAUCACGACGGAGUACGCUUGUUAUGGUCGCUGCUGCGGAACAGGCAUCGAAAAGUCCAGAUCCAGGCGCUGUGGGCAAUCAAGCCGACGGUGACGCGCGCCAAGAACUCGGGGGAAGUCAUCCGGGAGCUGACGGGCGCCCUGGAGCUGCUCGUGGCGCUGGACUACGAGAACCUGAGCGUGAUGACGGAGCAGGGCGUGGUGCGCCACCUGUCGCACAUCGCGCAGCAGCGCGGGGACGACGCCAUGCGGCGCGAGCUGUGCUCGGCCAUCGCCAACUGCUGCUACGUGCGCGACAACCUGGGCCAGUUCGGGCGCACGCACAUCAUCCAGGUGGCGAGCGGCUUCCUCUCCACCAAGUGCCCCACGCUGCUGGCGCAGGCCUGCCGCUGCUUCUACAUCCUGUCGCGCGACCCCAUCAACUGCAUCGUCAUGCACGGCUGCGGCAUCGUGCCCUGCCUGCUCGCGGCCAUCGAGUCCUGCUGCCCGGUAAGGCGUGCUUGCGGCGGGACGCGUUCUCUAAAACGCCUGGCGUGGACUACGUGCAUUGGAUACCUUGUGCCUUCUAAGGCCAUGUUACCACUCGCUUGCAUGGAAUUCUUACUAGCUACAGUACUCGUUCUUCAUAUACCUGUAAAAUACCUGGUGUGGACUACGUGCACUGCAUACGAGUACCUGGUGCCCGCUAAGGCAAUAUUACCACUCACUUACAUGGAAUUCUUAUUAGCUAUAGUACUCGUUCUUCACACACCUGUAAAAUACUUGGCGUAG